ACUUAUGAAUACAGAAAAGAGGCGUUAAAAGUUCACCCAGAUUCUGUACCAAUGCUAACCAAUCCUAAAUUUAACCACAGGAAAUACAAAUUAUUAACAAAGGUAUAGGAGACCGCUCAGAUCCCUACAGCUUACUAGAGAAAUAAAAAAAAAAAGGAAGUUUUUUUUAACGUUGCUGAGGAAUCACCUGUGUUUAAUCACUUCAGUUAAAUGAGGUUCUGUCACGUCUCCAAAGUGAGAAGAAACCCACAAACUGAGGCUUAAGGGCUACUCAGUUUCCUUGAACUCAUCCGUGCUCACUGCAUCUUUUAUGUUUCUCUCAGAAUCUUAUCUUUUUUGUGUUAAAACAUGAGAAAUGAAGCUGUCUGUGCAUCAGUUCUUGUGCUUGUAGCUACAUGAUUGACGUGAGUUCCUCUGGCUGCCCACAGUCCUGCCAGCUGAAUGCAGGGCACUGCUCGGGGGUCUGCUGAGCAUUUCUAAGCGGCUAUUUUAACGCUUAUUCCAUAUAUCUGUACCAAAAGAAAACGGUCGCAGCUUUCGCAGGAAUAAUUCUGGCUCUGCUUUGCAGUGAAGCAGAGUUAGUAGCAGGCACGUUGGAAGCAGGCGUUAUGCAGCAUGAGAGGCUCUGCGCAGAACCCCCGGGGGGCCGGGCUGUGGCGCAGGCCCGGGGCGCUCCGCGUUGCCAUGGCGACGGUCCGCCCGGAGCGGAAGCGGUGGCGGCCGCUUCCGGGUCAGCAUGGCGGCGCCGGGGCGCUGAGCGCGCGAUGCCGUUGGUGGUGCUGUGCGGGCCGCCAGGCAGCGGCAAGAGCCGGCGCGCGGCCGAGCUGCGGGACGCGCUGGGAGGAGCUGAGCGGCGGGCGCACGUCGUGGCCGAGGGGGAGGGCGGCCGGGCGGCUCUGCGGGCCGAGGUGGAGCGGCUGCUGAGCCGGCGCGACGUGGUGAUCGUGGACGCGAGCAACGAGCUGCGGAGCAUCCGCUACGAGCUGUACUGCGCGGCGCGGCAGGCGGGCACGGCGCGCUGCCUGCUGCACUGCGUCGGCGGCGGCCCCGCCGAGCCGCCCUUCGAGGCCCCGGACCCGCGCAACCGCUGGGACCGGCCGCUGUUCGCCGUGCGCGACGAGGAGCCGCUGCCGCUGGCCGACAUCCGCGCGGCUCUAUUCGAGAGCGCCCCGCCGCCGCCGCACCGCGCCACGCGCAGCCAGCCCCUGCAGUCCGGAGGCUUCCUGCACCUCCUCGACCGCGCCACGCAGGACGUGGUGGCCGCUCUCGUGGCCGCCCAGAGGAGCGGGGCGCAGCCUGGAGAGCUGGUGCGCGUCCCCGGCGUGGAGGAGGGGCUGGUGCUGCCGCGGCCCGUCAGCCUGGCCGAGCUGAGCCGGCUCCGCAGGCAGUUCAUCAGCUACACUAAGAUGCAGCCCAGCGAUGAGAACUUGGCGCAGCUGGCCGGCAUGUUCCUGCAGUACCUGAGCCGCAGCAUCCAGUGAGGAGCAGCUCCUUCCCGUCCCGAAGUGCUUGCAGCUGUAGGAACGUGCCCUCCUGCCGUGCACCUCAACACUGUGUGACCCGUGUGUCACAUAGCACGGCCUGUGACAGUGCUGAGAAAGCCAGUACCGUGGUGCUGCAGCAGCUGUUCUCCUAGGAGGAUCUGUAGGAUCUCCUUGUCCUCUCUACUGCAUUCUCCCCAUGUCUUUCUUGUUUGCUUGUUGCAUCCUCACACAGCUGAAGUCUCCUAUGGAGACUCCACCUCAAUACUAAUGUAGCGACUGAGCAUGAAUGCUUCAAAGCGGUGAACAUAAGGAGAACUCCUGCCCUCCUCAUUGCCAUGUCUGUGUCUUGAAUAAGAAGACUGCUGUUCCAGGGCUGCCUCCAGAUAUAUCAAACUGCAGUGGGGGACUUCAGUUCCUGGGCUGGAAGAGGCUGUAUUUUUGGAACAUAAAAUGUUUUUCAAAAUCCUAUUGAAGCCAACAAGUAGAUUUGCAAACUCUGCACAACAGCAGGAAACUUAAACCUCUCAUUUCAAGUUUAACAAUAAAACAUGUGCCUUAGAUGGAACAGUCUUAACCUUAAACUGUUUUAUUGAAACAACUUGCUAUGGCUUUUCUCUGCAAGGUCAUCAUUAAAAGCUUUUAAAAACA